UAUCAAUAGAACAUAGCUUCUUAAAUCAAACAUCAAAAGUUGGAUACUAUUUAAAUAAUACUUAAGGAAAAUGUCAUUAAAAAAAAAAGGCAAAAAAGGAACUGGGAAAAGAAAUAAGAAGGAUAUUCAGUCUUUUAAGAAAGAUGUAGAAACUGAUAAUCAUAAAAUAUCUGUGGAUGAACUAUUGGAGCGUUUAAAAACUGAUCGGAACAUGGGCUUGUCGUACUCGGAAGCCAAAUUAAGAUUGGAGGUAAAUGGACCUAAUAUACUAUCGCCACAACCACCAACGCCUAAAUGGAUCGUUUUUCUCAAGACAAUGUUUGGCGGAUUUGCUAUACUACUUUGGACAGGAUCUUUUCUUUGCUUUACUGGAUAUCUUAUUCAAUUACAAACGCAGCAUGAACCACCUGAUGACAAUCUCUAUCUCGGCAUAGCGCUGGCCGUCUUGGUGGUAGUCACUGGAUUAUUUACUUAUUUUCAGGUUCAUAAAUCCUCAUCUAUAAUGGAUUCAUUUAAGAACCUCGUUCCACAGUACGCUACUGUUAUACGAGAAGGCGAAAUAAGCACUGUUACCUCAGAUGAAAUAGUAAAAGGAGAUAUUGUGGAAGUAAAAUUUGGAGAUCGAGUUCCAGCUGACAUACGAAUAUUAGAGGCCCAUGGCUUAAAAGUGGAUAAUUCUUCUCUAACUGGGGAAUCAGAGCCUCAAGUCAGAUCUGCAGAAUUCACACAUGAAAACCCACUCGAAACAAGAAAUUUGGCAUUUUUUUCAACUAAUGUGCUUGAAGGUACUUGCCGUGGCGUUGUCAUUGCUACGGGAGAUAAUACAGUCAUGGGACGAAUUGCCAACUUAGCCGCAGGUCUAGACGACGCACAGUCGCCUAUUUCAAGGGAAAUACAACUAUUUAUUCGUUUUAUUACAAUCUUUGCAGUUAUACUUGGACUAUCUUUUUUUGGAAUUAGCUUAAUGCUAGGUUAUGGUUUUAUUGACGCAGUUGUGUUUCUCAUUGGCAUUAUAGUUGCAAAUGUUCCUGAAGGUUUACUUGUAACUGUAACUGUAUGUUUAACACUUACUGCCAAACGUAUGGCUUCAAAAAAUUGUUUGGUUAAGAAUUUAGAGGCCGUUGAGACUUUAGGGUCGACAUCAACAAUCUGUUCUGACAAAACAGGAACUUUAACUCAAAAUCGAAUGACAGUUGCCCAUUUGUGGUAUGAUCGCACUAUAACGGAAUCUGAUACUACCGAGUCCUUCCGGGGAUCACAUUUUAAAAUUGAGGAUAAAUCGUUUAAUGCUCUUGUUAUGUGUGCUGCCCUUUGCAACUCUGCCGAGUUCAAGGGUGGACAAGAAGACACACCAGUUUUUAAAAAAGAUGUGAAUGGAAACGCUUCUGAGGCAGCCCUUUUAAAAUUUGCCGAGACGAUUUUGGAAGGUGUUGGAGCAGUUCGCCAAAAGCAUAUAAAACUGACCGAAAUUCCAUUUAAUUCAACAGAAAAGUAUCAAGUUUCCGUUCACGAAUUUAAUUCAAGCGAUGGAUAUUUUAUAGUUGAAAUGAAAGGAGCCCCAGAAAGGAUUUUGGAUCGUUGUGAUAUGAUAAUAAUUCAGGGGGAGUCUGUAGAACUCACCCCUACAUUAAGAACGGAAUUCGAAGAGGCUUAUUUGGAGAUGGGCGGUAUGGGUGAAAGGGUUUUAGGAUUCGCAGACCUUAAACUUUCCAUGUCUCAAUAUCCAAUUUCUUACGAGUUUAGCACAGAACCUCCAAAUUUUCCAUUAGAAAAUCUUCGUUUUUUAGGAUUAAUAUCCUUAAUAGACCCACCUCGUGCGGCAGUUCCAGACGCGGUAGCUAAAUGCCGUUCAGCUGGUGUACGUGUAAUUAUGGUGACUGGUGAUCAUCCUAUUACAGCUAAAGCUAUAGCCCGUAGUGUUGGUAUUAUUACAAAGCCGACUGCUGAGGAUAUUGCCAAACAACUUGGCGUUCAUGUAAAUGAGGUUGAUCCCCGACAAGCUACUGCUAUUGUGGUGCAUGGUGGUGAACUUCGUGAGAUGAAAGGGGAAGAAUUAGAUGCUGUUAUUUACUAUCACAAUGAAAUUGUUUUUGCGCGAACUUCACCACAACAAAAGUUAAUAAUCGUAGAGGCUUGUCAAAGACGUGGUGAAAUUGUUGCCGUUACUGGUGAUGGUGUUAAUGAUUCGCCGGCUUUAAAGCGAGCUGAUAUUGGUGUUGCAAUGGGCAUUUCUGGAUCUGAUGUUUCUAAGCAGGCAGCGGACAUGAUUUUGCUGGAUGAUAACUUUGCAUCAAUAGUUGUGGGUAUUGAAGAAGGACGGAUUAUAUUCGACAACUUAAAAAAAUCAAUCGCUUAUACUUUGACAUCCAAUCUUCCGGAAAUAAUGCCGUUCUUAUGUUUUGUUAUGUUUGAUAUACCUUUAGCUCUAGGCACAAUAGCGAUUCUGUGCAUCGAUAUUGGCACUGAUAUGCUCCCUGCAAUAUCCCUGGCUUAUGAAAAAGCGGAAUCAGACAUAAUGUCUCGUAUGCCAAGAGAUCCCUUUGAAGACCGAUUAGUAAAUAAAAAGUUAAUUCUAAUGGCUUACUUGCAAAUUGGGAUAAUACAAACGGUCGCAUGUUACUUUACAUUUUUUGCAAUAAUGGCUGAGCAUGGUUUUCCCCCUUCUAGACUGGUUGGAAUUCGAGGAGCAUGGGACGCGAAAGAAGUUGAAGAUCUUGCAGAUGGAUACGGGCAAGAAUGGACCUAUAGAGAACGUAAAGUUCUUGAGUAUACUGCUGGCACCGGCUUUUUUGUGUCUAUAGUAGUAACACAAGUUUUUGACCUUUUAAUAUGUAAAACUCGUCGAAACUCAAUACUGCAACAAGGUAUGGGCAAUCAUGUACUAAACUUCGCCUUGGUUCUUGAAAUUAUCAUUGCAUGCCUGCUUUGCUAUGUACCAGUAUUUGAAAAAACAUUAAGAAUGUAUUCCAUAAAAUUUAUUUGGUGGAUAUACGCAUUCCCUUUCGGCUUAUUAAUUUUUUUUUUUGAUGAAGGUCGUCGGUUUCUCAUAAGAAAGAAUCCAGGUGGUUGGGUGGAGCAAGAAACAUAUUAUUAAUUUAUGUGUUUUACCACUCUAAAUAUACCAAUAAAUUUCUGUCGCUUGCUUUUUCUAAAAUCAA